AUGGCGAACGAGACUUUCCUGGCCCGGCUUUGCGAACAGGCUGAGCGUUACGAUGAGAUGGUUACGUACAUGAAGAUUGGUGGUGAAUUGACUGUCGACGAGCGCAAUCUUCUGUCGGUCGCCUACAAGAACGUCGUAGGCACGCGACGCGCUUCAUGGCGUAUCAUCUCGUCGAUCGAGCAGAAGGAGGAGUCCAAGGGCUCUGAGAAGCACGUGGGCACCAUCCGCGAAUACCGCCAGAAGAUCGAGACAGAACUCGAGAAGGUCUGCCAGGACGUGCUCAACGUCCUCGAUGAGUCGCUCAUCCCUAAGGCCGAAUCGGGCGAGUCCAAGGUCUUCUACCACAAGAUGAAGGGCGACUACCACCGCUAUCUCGCCGAGUUCGCGUCUGGCGAGAAGCGCAAGAUUGCUGCGACUGCCGCACAUGAGGCGUACAAGACUGCCACCGAUGUCGCUCAGACCGAGCUCACUCCCACCCACCCGAUCCGCCUUGGUCUUGCGCUGAACUUCUCCGUCUUCUACUACGAGAUCCUCAACUCGCCCGAUCGUGCGUGCCACCUCGCCAAGCAGGCGUUUGACGACGCCAUCGCCGAGCUUGACUCUCUGUCCGAGGAGUCGUACCGGGACAGCACCCUCAUCAUGCAGUUGCUCCGCGACAACCUGACCCUCUGGACGUCAUCGGAUGGUGCUGAGGCCGAGCCUGCGCCCGAGGCCGCUGCCCCCAAGGAGGAACAGAAGCCGGUAGAAGAGAAGCCCGCCGAGCCAACCGAGGAGCAACCGCCGGCUCCCGCUGCUGCCUAG